AUGGCUAUGGAGCAGGAUGGUGACACUCUGAUGGGAGAGGCAGGCCCCCAUCACCCCAGCGCUAGUGCUUCACAUGGCCAUCCUACCAGCAAUCCCAGCGUGCCAGCAAUUCCAGGGACUCUCAAUGGGGGAAUUGACCCUUGGCUGGCUCCACCGCUUCUGGGGCAGUCUAUGAAUCUGCCUCUGCCUGCUCAAUCGGGCGGUCAGCAUGCGGCUGCACCAGUUGCUCAGGCACAACCCACAGUGCCAUCAAGUGCUCCGGAAAAGUCAGCUGGACUUAGUGCUGCUAUUACUGAGCCCGCCCACAGAGCAGACAGCAUCGUUGAGGAAUUGUCAGACUGGUCUGAGGAGGAUUUAGGGGCGCGUGUAGGGCUUCCUCUCGCAUCUCUACCGUCAGGGCUCUGCUAUGAUGUUCAGAUGCGCUACCAUUGUGAGGUGCGACCAACUGCGGAUGUUCAUCCUGAGGACCCGCGGAGAAUCUAUUACAUCUACAAGGAGCUAUGCCGAGCAGGGCUCGUUGAUGACCCGGAGUCUUCAAGACCGCUUGUCGCACGACCUCUCAAACGUAUUCAUGCUCGCAAUGCCACCGAGGCUGAGAUCUCUCUCAUUCACACCCCGGAUCAUUUCAACUUUGUUGAAAGUACAAAAGACAUGUCUGACGAUGAGCUCAUUGCUUUGGAGCAUACGCGUGACUCGAUCUAUUUCAACAAGUUGACAUUUGCAUCUUCCCUCUUAUCAGCUGGAGGAGCGAUUGAGACAUGUCUAGCUGUAGCCACUCGCAAGGUUAAGAAUGCCAUAGCUGUCAUUCGGCCGCCGGGGCACCAUGCAGAACACGACAAGACUAUGGGAUUUUGUCUGUUCAACAAUGUUUCCAUUGCGGCGCGUGUCUGUCAGAAUACACUCGGAGAAAGCUGCAGGAAAAUUUUGAUCGUCGAUUGGGAUGUUCAUCAUGGCAACGGUAUUCAGAAAGCGUUUUACGACGACCCCAAUAUUCUCUACAUCUCCCUUCAUGUCUAUCAAGACGGAAACUUUUAUCCCGGAGGGGACGAGGGUGACUGGGACCACUGCGGAGCUGGCGCUGGUAUUGGAAAGAAUGUCAACAUCCCAUGGCCUAGCCAAGGUAUGGGCGAUGGCGACUACAUGUAUGCUUUCCAACAGAUUGUGAUGCCCAUUGCGCAGGAGUUCAAUCCUGACCUGGUGAUCGUUGCGUCCGGCUUCGAUGCCGCUGCUGGUGAUGAGCUUGGAGGCUGCUUUGUGACACCCUCUUGCUACGCUCAUAUGACACAUAUGCUUAUGACUCUCGCUCAUGGCAAAGUUGCUGUGUGUCUUGAGGGUGGUUACAAUUUCAGAUCAAUCUCCAAGUCUGCUCUAGCGGUCACAAAGACACUCAUGGGUGACCCGCCUGACCGCUUGCACUCAACACUUCCUUCAGAUCUGGCAACUUCCACUGUGAGGCGUGUCAUGAUGAUCCAGUCUCGGCAUUGGCGCUGUAUGUACCCGAAAGGGCCGCUGGAGCAGGGACUUUGGACUGAUAGGUUGCACGAUGUCAUUCGUGCCUAUCAAUCCAAGCAGUUGUACGACAAUUUCAAGCUCACCUCGCUAUACAUCUAUCGGACAUCGAUCUCGAAAUCGUUCGAGAAUCAAGUCCUGGCGAGUGCCAAUUACUACCAAGCCGUGCCUCUGAUUGUUAUUUUCCAUGAUCCGCCAGAAAUCAUGGGCUUGCCUCAUCCAGUCACCAACAAACUUGAGGCCCAUAACUGCUGGCUGGCUGAUUGCAUGAAGAACUAUAUCGGAUGGGCCGUCGGGAAAGGCUACGCUGUCAUUGAUGUCAAUAUUCCUAAGCACGUGACGAUGGAGCCAACUACCGGAAAGUAUGAAGACGAAGAUGAGAAUCGGCCUUCGGCUACCGAGGAAUUGGCUGGAUAUCUGUGGGACAACUACAUUGAACCCAAUGAGGCAACUGAGAUAUUCUUCGUCGGCAUCGGCAAUGCCUUUUAUGGAGUCGCGAAUCUCUUGAUCAACAGAGACACUCUCUACAAACGCGUCAAUGGUGUUAUCUCCUUUGUCGCUGAAAAUCCCGUUCGAGCAAUAGCCUCUCACACUCAGGUCUGGCUCUCACGGUGGUAUAAAGAUAACUCACUUGUCUUUGUGUCCCAUACGCAUGGUGUUUGGAAUAAUGUGGAAACACGGCGUAAGCCGUCUAAGCGCUACGGACACCUGAUCCAGUCGCCCAAGGCCGGACUCAGUGAGAUGCUGAUGCAUCAUAAAGACGAGGUCUUCAAGUGGAUUGAAGAAAGAGCUGAUGAAGCAGAAAGCGAAGAGGAGGAGACCAAGAGCAAGAGUAAAAGCAAGAGCCGGUCCCCGACGAAGGAAAAGCCGGCUGAGCUUCCUCCUGGGCCUGGAUGA